CACGUGACGAGAUCCGGUCACGUGAGGCGGCGCCGGGAUCAGCUGGCCGCCGAGCUGCCUUCCCCGCAGGGCCUGGGCAGAGCCGGGAGUGGGGAUGGCAGCUGGAGCGGCCCGCGCGGGGCAGCACUGACACCGGCCCGGAGCGCUGCCCGAGUCCAGGAAAGAGGUGACUCUCCCCUUCCGAUUGAAGAAUGGUCGUGUUAAGGCAGUUUGGGUUGCUUCUCUGGAAGAACUACAUUUUGCAGAAGCGACAGAUUUUGGUAACGGUCAUAGAAAUGUGCUUGCCGUUGCUGUUUGCCGCAAUCCUCAUUGCACUCCGCAACAGAGUGCAUUCGAUCAGCCACCCCAAUGCCACUAUCUACCCCAGCCAGUCAGUGGACGAGCUGCCAUGGUUUUUCCAUCACCGGAAGCUCAACCCCUGGGAGCUAGCUUACAUCCCCUCCAACAGCACUGCUGUGAAGAGCAUCGCGGAGGCGGUGGAAAAGGCGUUGCACAUCAAUAUCAAAGCUCAAGGGUUCCCUUCGGAGAGGGAGUUUGAGGACUACGUGAAGUUUGAUAACCGCUCGGGUAAUGUGCUGGCCGCCCUCGUUUUCAAACACUGCUUCAAUCAGAGCAAGGACCCCUUGCCGCUGCAGGUUAAUUAUCAACUGCGCUUCAAAUACAGCCCUCGGAAUGCCCCCCGGAACGAGCAGACAGGCUUGAACCCCAACCUCGACCGUGACUGGCACACCAGCUACCUGUUCCCACUUUUCCAGUUACCGGGCCCCAGAGAAGCCAAGUUCCCUGAUGGAGGGACUCCAGGUUACAUCCGGGAAGGGUUCCUGGCCGUGCAGCAUGCUGUGGACAGAGCCAUCAUGCAAUACCAUGCCAACACCUCUACCACCCGCCUGCUGGAGGGGGUCACUGUGACCGUUCGGCGCUUCCCCUACCCCCCAUACGUCAAUGACCUCUUCCUACUGGCCAUCCAGAACCAGCUGCCCCUGCUGCUCAUGCUGAGCUUCACUUAUACCUCGCUCAACAUCGUCCGUGCCGUUGUGCACGAGAAGGAGAAAAAGUUGAAGGAGUACAUGCGAAUGAUGGGCCUCAGUAACUGGCUGCACUGGAGCGCCUGGUUCCUCAUGUUCUUCCUCUUCCUCCUGGUGUCCAUCUUCUUCGUCACGGUGCUUUUCUGUGUCAAGGUAAGCCAGCAGGGGGCGGUACUCGCCAACAGUGACCCAACCCUGGUGUUCACCUUCCUGGUGGUCUUCUCCAUCUCCUCCAUCUCCUUCAGCUUCAUGGUCAGCACCUUCUUCUCCAGAGCAAAUGUGGCAGCUGCCGCUGGGGGUUUCCUGUACUUUUUCUCCUAUAUCCCCUACUUCUUUAUCUCGCCUCGCUACGACCUGAUGUCCCACAGUCAGAAACUGUCGUCCUGCCUCAUCUCCAAUGUUGCCAUGGCCAUGGGGGCACAGCUGAUAGGCAUGUUUGAAGGAAAAGGGACCGGCGUUCAGUGGCAGGACCUCAUGAAGCCAGUCAGCGUGGAUGAUAACUUCACCUUUGCACAGGUGCUGGGGAUGCUGCUGUUGGACUCUGUCCUCUAUGGCCUGGUGGCCUGGUACGUGGAGGCCGUCUUCCCAGGGGAGUAUGGCAUGCCGCAGCCAUGGUACUUCUUCUUGAUGCCCUCGUACUGGUGCAGGACUCCCAGAACCGUCCUGGGGAAAGAGAAGGAGGAAGAGGAGGACCCGGAGAAGGCACUGAAAAGCCAGUACAUUGAGGAAGAGCCUGCCGAUCUGGUAUCAGGGAUCAAAAUAAAGCACCUUUCCAAGGUGUUCAAAGUGGGGAGCAAGACCAAGGAGGCAGUAAGGAACUUGACCCUGAACAUGUAUGAGGGGCAGAUCACUGUCCUUCUGGGACACAACGGUGCCGGGAAGACAACCACCCUGUCCAUGCUCACAGGUCUGUAUCCUCCCACGAGCGGCCAGGCUUACAUCAGCGGCUAUGAGAUCUCCCAGGACAUGGUUCUGAUCCGAAGGAGUCUGGGUCUGUGUCCCCAGCACGAUGUUCUGUUUGACAACAUGACCGUGGCGGAGCACCUGUACUUCUACUCUGCGCUGAAGGGCUACCCCUCGCUGAAGUGCCCGGAGGAGAUAGACCGUAUCGUGAGGCUGCUGAACCUGGAGGAGAAGCGCUGCUCUCUGUCAAAGGCCUUGUCCGGGGGCAUGAAACGCAAGCUGUCCAUCGGCAUCGCACUCAUCGGGGACUCCAAGGUGGUGAUGCUGGAUGAGCCGACAUCAGGAAUGGACCCAGCCUCCCGCAGGGCCACCUGGGACCUCCUCCAGCACCAGAGGAGCAGCCGUACCAUCCUGCUGACCACCCACUUCAUGGACGAGGCAGACCUGCUUGGAGACCGCAUUGCCAUCAUGGCCCAGGGCGAGCUGCAAUGCUGCGGGUCCUCGCUCUUCCUCAAGCACAAAUAUGGUGCUGGCUACCACAUGGUGAUGGUGAAGGAGCCGUACUGUAACCUAGGGGAGAUCUCCCGCCUCAUUUGUCAGUACGUGCCCAAUGCCAGCCUGGAGAGCAAUGCUGGGGCCGAGCUGUCCUUCAUUCUGCCCACAGAGAGCACACACAGGUUUGAGGCACUGUUCACAGAGCUGGAGCAGAAACGGGAGGAGUUGGGGAUCGCUAGCUAUGGUGCAUCUGUCACCACUAUGGAGGAGGUCUUCCUCAGGGUUGGGAAACUGGUGGACUCCAGCAUGGAUAUCCAAGCCAUCCAACUCCCUGCCCUGCAGUACCAGCACGAGAGGCGGUCCAAUGACUGGGCCAUGGAUGACUCCAGCAGCCUGAGUGGAAUGACUGACAUGACUGAUGAUAGUGGGGCUCUGAUCACGGAGGAUUGCUCCAGUAUCAAACUGAACACGGGGUUCUACCUGCGCUGCCAGCAGUUCUAUGCCAUGUUCGUGAAGAGGGCAGUGUACAGUUGGCGCAACUGGAAGAUGGUGGUAGCGCAGUUCCUGGUGCCUCUGAUUUUCACAACCCUUGCUCUGGUUGUUGCCAAGACCUUCCCCGGGCCAAGAGAUUCUGCGCUGCUCAGGCUGACGCUGGACCCGUAUGGCAAGACUGUCGUGCCUUUCUCUGUCUCUGAGGCAUCCAGGAUCUCCCCAAGGCUGGCGGAACAGUUUGCAGUGCUACUGGAUGCUCAGGGCCAAGUGCCCCAGGAGGUGCUAGGUGACCUGGAGGAGUACCUGAUCUCCCGAGCGGCGGAGGAGGGCGGAACUUUCAACGAACGCUACAUCGCAGCUGCUUCCUUCGGAGAGGUCAAAAACCGCACGGUGAUCACGGCGCUGUUCAACAACCAGGCGUAUCAUGCCUCCGCCACUGCACUGAUGCUGGCAGACAACGCCCUGUUCCGGCUGCUGGCUGGACCCAAUGCUUCCAUCACUGUCACCAACUAUCCCCAGCCCCGGAACAUCACAGAGACGGCGAAGGACCAACUCAUGGAAGGCCAGACUGGGUUCGCCAUUGCUAUUAACUUGCUCUAUGGGAUGGCUUCCUUGUCCAGCACCUUCGCGCUCCUGCUGGUCAGCGAGAGAGCCAUCAAGGCCAAGCACGUGCAGUUUGUCAGCGGGGUCUACGUGGCCAAUUUUUGGCUCUCGGCCCUGCUUUGGGACCUCAUCAAUUUCCUCAUUCCCUGUGCGCUGAUGCUGGUGAUAUUCCAAGCCUUCGAUGUGAAAGCUUUCACCCAGGACAGCCACCUUGUCGAUGUGAUGCUGAUCUUCCUGCUCUACGGCUGGGCCAUCAUCCCCCUCAUGUACCUACUCAGCUUCUUCUUUUCAGCGGCAGCUACAGCCUACACGCGCCUCACCAUCUUCAACAUCUUCUCUGGCACGACCACCUUCCUCACGGUCACGAUCAUGAGCAUUCCAGAGCUGGGCCUCAUGGACCUGUCCAAAACCCUGGAUAAAAUCUUCCUGAUUUUGCCCAACUACUGCUUGGGCCAGUGCAUCAGUGACUUUUACCAGAACUACGAGUUCAUUCAGUUUUGCACCUCUUCCAUUGAAGCCAACAUCAUCUGCAAAGCAUUCAAUAUCAGUUACCAGAUGAAUUACUUCUCAUGGGAGACUCCAGGGAUUGGGCAAUAUCUGACUUCCCUGAGUGUCCAGGGAACCGCCUUCCUCCUCCUCCUCUUCCUCAUUGAAACUAACCUCCUCUGGAGACUGAGGACCUUCAUCUGCAGCAUCAGUAGGAGGCGGAAAUGGGCAAUGCUGCUGAACAGGAUCCCUGUGCUGCCGGAAGACAGGGAUGUGGCAGAUGAGAGAAAGAAAGUUUUGGAGUCCCCGCCAGAGCUGCUGUCAUCGCUGAGCAGCCCGUUGGUCAUCAAGGAGCUCACCAAGGUGUAUAACAGCAGUGAGUCCCUGCUAGCUGUGGACAGAAUCUCUCUGGCGGUCAACAAAGGGGAGUGCUUCGGCCUGCUCGGCUUCAAUGGAGCCGGCAAAACCACCACCUUCAAAAUGCUAACGGGCGACGAGAGCAUCACCUCGGGGGAUGCCUACGUGGACGGCCACAGCAUUCUGGCCAACAUCAAAAAGGUCCAGCAGCGGAUUGGCUACUGCCCUCAGUUUGAUGCCCUGUUGGAUCACAUGACGGGGCGGGAGACACUGAGCCUGUAUGCCCGGCUUCGGGGGAUUCCCGAGCGCUACAUCGGCAGCUGCGUGGAGAACAUGUUGCGAGGGCUGCUCUUGGAGCCCCACGCGGACAAGCUAGUGAGGUCCUACAGCGGUGGCAACAAGCGGAAGCUGAGCGCUGGCGUUGCCCUGAUCGGCGGGCCUCCAGUGAUCUUCAUGGAUGAGCCCUCCACUGGCAUGGACCCUGUGGCCCGGCGCCUGCUCUGGGAUGCCGUGACCAGGACACGAGAAUGCGGGAAAUCCAUCAUCAUCACCUCCCACAGCAUGGAAGAGUGCGAGGCCUUGUGCACCAGGCUGGCCAUCAUGGUGAACGGGCAGUUCAAAUGCCUGGGCAGCCCCCAGCACCUGAAGAGCAAGUUCGGCAGCGGAUACACCCUGCUGGCAAAAACCAGGGCCGAGGAGGAGGGCGACAUGCAGGUGUUCAAGGCCUUUGUGGAGAAGAUGUUUCCAGGGAGCGUCCUGAAGCACGAGCACCAAGGCAUGGUCCAUUAUCACUUGACCAACAAGAACCUCAGCUGGGCACAGUCCAGAGAGUCCCACCCGGCCUCUUGUGCCUUCCCCUCAGGUCUUCGGGGCGCUGGAGAGAGCCAAAGAGAAGUUCCACGUGGAGGAUUAUUCUGUCAGCCAGAUCUCCCUGGAGCAGGUCUUCAUGAGCUUCACCCGCUUCCAGCACUGCACAGAGGAGCGAGGGAAAUGAACAGAAACCCACCGGCCCCCCUCCUGGACUGACCUGCUGCCUAUACAUAGUAUAUAUAGAGACAGUAAUUUAUAUUAUCAGCGUGUCUUAAAUAAUGUAUAAAUGUCAGAAAGUUUUGACCAGGGUGUGUUGGGGUGGGGGGAGGAGGCAUCCUGUCUGCUCCUCAGUGCAGGGGUCAUAAGGAGCAUGGGAUGGGGGGUGUGCAAAGCACAGGCGGUGAAGAAGGUCUCCAACUUCUGCCUUUUGGGGAAACUUCAGAAUUUUACUCCCCCCUUCCCAUCUUUAAACCAGCCGAAGAGAGGACGGUGCUCAGCGACGGGGGAGCAGCCAAGGGAACUACCGAGCCACUGGAGUCCAGGGUUCAUCUCUACACCACGGCUGCUCUGCUCCAUCGAAGGGGGGAAUCCUUGUAUCGAAUGAUCGGGGGCGGGUGUCCUUGUCACCGAUCCUUGCACGCGUCUGUGUGGGGUGCUGGCAGCACACUCCUGAGUGUGAGAGACCGUCACUGCUCAGCGUUCACUCCCAUCCAUAGACACGGCAUCAAAAUGCAGGGGAAGGGGGCACCAGCACAGAGGUGGGCACCUGAUCCUGCUCUUUGCAGUUGCAGGCAGAGUCUCUCUGGCUUUACAAGGAGCAGGAGCAGGCCCCGUGCAUCCUUCUGGAGAGCUGCUUCGUUCCACGUUGGCAGCAGCAUGAGACAGGUUUGUGUCGUAGCUGAGAACAGGAGGAACUCUCCCGACACCUUUCCAGAGGGUCCCCUCAUCAGUGUGCCACAUCCCUGCACGUGCCUCAUCCACCCAGAAAUGCACUGGCAUAAGGACCUGGCUUUGGGACCCACGCAUGUCGAAAUGUAUUCCGUCAGGGCUUGCUGGGAUCUAAGGGGACGCUGUCACGUAGCUUAGAGCCAGCACUUCACUUGCGUCGUUGGGAUCUGUUGGGGAUUAUCCUCCAGGGGAGCCCUUGGUGUUUAGAUGGAAAGAAGCCACUGUUCAUGCGCCAGGCCCUGCCAAUGAAUCUUCCGUCCAUUCCGCCCCCGGGUGGGGCGGCCAGUGGCUGCUAAGGGGGAUGGAGCUGUUCACUCUCUCUUUAAGCCUCCUAACAGCCUGUCCUGUUCUGACUUGACACCGGGGAGAGCUGCGUUCCAUACUGAGCUGGGCUGCAGCGAUCGCACGCUGUCCUGGCGCACAGCCGUCAGUACGAGGCAUGCUCUGUGUUGGGAGGAUGUGAGACCCCCACUGCCCAGGGAGCAGCUAUCAGAUACAACAGUCGCCCCCUUCAGAGACCAUCCUGCCUGCUAACAAGGGAAGGAGCCAUGCCGGCAUGCGCUCACAGGUGCUCUGAGUUCACUGUAUGGCCUGCACUUACAUCCUUCACGGCCAGCGUUUAACAACUGUUCUGGGCUUCCAGGGUUAAACACCCGCCAUGCCCAGCACUGGGGCCGCAGCCCGCGUAGAGCGAGCACUUGUGUUCUAGAGGGGCACCCUAGAGAGCGAUCUGUGGGCACAACUCGUGGGUGAUGCGCUGCAGAGCUGUCCGGGAAGGGUUGGCUCUGGAGCUGUAGUAUAGACCCUGUGGGUGUGGCUGGAGAGAACCUUCCCUGACGCAUGGUCCAGACCAAGGCAGUGAAGUUAUAUUCCCAUCUGUCUGUGUCCCCUCCCCCAGUGCACACGCCCCACAGAGUAAAUUCUGGGGGUGCAGGUAGACUGUCCCAGUAAGGACUUAGUGUGGAACAAGGGAACCCUGGUGAUCCUAUUCAGUAGGCUCCAGGCCACGCCAGAUCCCAUCCUGAGGUCAGCAUGGGCCUGUCUGUGCCAACGGGCACAGUAUUUGCCUGUCGGACUUGCACAGCACCUGCUGCAACGAGCAUCAGCUCAGCACUGAGCCCUGCGUAUGCUGCCAGCUAGCUCACCAAAAACCACCCCGGGAGGCCAGGGACAUGCCACUGAAAGGGGAAAAAGCUCCUCCUCCUCCGCCCCCUGAAAGGCUGCCUGUUGGUGGAAGACCCCGUGUCGUGGUUCCCAACCUGCGGCACGGUGUGAUCUUCAGUGGAACCUCCAUGCAGAGCGCCCUGUGGGGUACAGGGCACGGCUGAUCUCUGUCGUGAGCUGAGGCAGUAUCCCAUUCCCUCCAAGGGAAGCCAGAUUCUGGCUCGUUCAGAUCCACAUGCUGAUCGUAACUGGUGUGAGUCUGGCCUCUACAUAGCGCCCAGACAGGGCAUGGCGUUUGGUGGUCAAGGAAUAGCCACAUCCCUGCCCUGAAGAGCUUACAGUCUAAAUGGCAGAGGGGACGGAGGCAAACCGAGGGCUGGGAGAAGGAGGUGGGAUUCCCUGGACCGGUUCAUGGGGUUACCAUGCAAGACUGCAUGCUUUUAGUUCCUUCAGUGUUUUUUUUUACAAUGGGCUGCCCUGGCGUAGUGAAUCCAAACACCCUGGCUGCAGGGCUUCCGAUAGGAGCCCAGAUUGGUCUGACACCAGUGCUUCUAGUAGAGGGGCAGUGUGGGGCCCUCUCCCUGCUCUCUCCCGAAAGCACUCCAUGGAGGUGGGUGACCUCUGGAUCCAAAUAUGUCCUGCCUGGGACCCCUCUCCACUCAGCCUUGCCUUGGUACCUCCCUAGCAAUGGCAAACUGCCCCCACAGCGGGCACCAUUGCGCUCCCUGCACAGCUUGCAUGUCCCUCACCCUGCCGUGGGCCCGAUCCUGCAGCAUGCCGUGGAAGUGACCAGUGACAGCGGGCAGGAUCGGGCUCUCCGGCUUGCAGAGCUGUCCCUGUGUAGAAGCGCCAGCUGAAGAGGCUGCGGGAGCAGCUGGUGAUAUGUCUGGGGUGUCUCGGUUCUCUCUCCUUUGCCUAUAUCCCAGUCUGAUUCCCAUGCUGGUGACUAGCUCCGUCUGUCUGACCGCUCCAUGAUCAGGGCAGAGCUGAGAUAUUGCACUAUAGCUACACACACAAUUGCACAUAAGGAACUAAUAUUUAGGGGUGGGGUGCAGAUUCCGUUUGAGUGGUCAUGUCAUUGGGGAGGUUUAACUUUUUUUCCUGUAACCAGCCCCUUUUCUGUUCCAUUCCCCCUAAUGUUACUACGGUGGUGCACCAUGUUACUGUACUAAGAAUGGCUCUGGCUCUUCACUGGGGCAUGUGUCAGUUUUAUUAUUCACUCGCCAGGCGUGCACACAAGGGCUCGGGUGCCUGGAAAGUGGGGAAGCUUUGGACCCAUCAAACCCUGGGGGUGCUGAGCACAUGUAGUAGAUUCAGUGAAUCGGCAGCUCUCACUACCAAAGGCCAGUCCUGCUCCCGCUUGAACCUGACUGCAAUGGCAGUAUCAAUGGGAGCUGGUGCUAAGGGAUCCAUGGGCUGGGAGGCCUGGAUACCCCAAAGUCCUUAUGUUGAUACAGCAAACGGUGGGCACCUGCCCAGUCAGGUGCUGGGCGAUCCAGCUGUCCUGCAGUUGUACAACCGCUAAGCAGGAAGGGCCCCAUCCUGCUCCUCUUGAAGUCCAUGGGAAAACGUGAGUGGAAGCUGGAUCAGGCCAGGAAAGAAUGUUUCCCAGUGGCAGGUUGAUUAUUGCUGGUGUGGACAGGAACCCAUGUGUGUUUUUGUGAUUAACCCUUGCCCUGCUGGAGUAAACUGCUUUUUUUAUUCUCCGACCCCACUCCCAAAAAUCCCUGGGGCUGUCCCAAAUUCUGUGGGACAACAGGGGGCAAAGAUGUGAUUACAGUGUGGUGUCUGACAUUGCAGUGUGUCUCUGUGACAGGCAGCUUUCCCGUGCAAGCUUUACAGGUUUCAGACUAAAGAUCUUUGCAUUUUGCCUUGGCACUGUCCCUAAACCCCCAAUGCUGUGACAUGGCUGAGAGGGGACUCUGAAGUGGCUGCUGUCUACAGUGGCAGCAAAUUGUCACUGCAACUGUGUAGGGGAAAUCUCUGGCCUGGCUAAGCAGCAGUUCUGCAUAGAAGGACCUGGGGAUUACAGUGGAUGAAAAGCUGGAUACGAGUGAGCAGUGUGCCCUUGUUGCCAAGAAGGCCAACGGCAUAUUGGGCUGCAUUAGUAGGAGCAUUGCCAGCAGAUCGCGGGAAGUGAUUAUUCCCCUCUAUUCGGCACUGGUGACGCCACACCUGCAGUAUUGCAUCCAGUUUUGGGCCCCCCGCUGCAGAAAGGAUGUGGACAAAUUGGAGAGAGUCCAGCGGAGGGCAAGGAAAAUGAUCGGGGCUGGGGCACAUGACUUACAAGGAGAGGCUGAGGGAACUGGGCUUGUUUAGUUUGCAGAAGAGAAGAGUGAGGGGGGAUUUGAUAGCAGCCUUCAACUACCUGAAGAGGGGUUCCAAAGAGGAUGGAGCUUGGCUGUUCUCAGGGGUGGCAGAUGACAGAACAAGGAGCAAUGGUCUCAAGUUGCAGUGGGGGAGGUCUAGGUUGGAUAUUGGGAAACACUAUUUCACUAAGAGGGUGGUGAAGCACCGGAAUGGGUUACCUAGGGAGGUGGUGGAAUCUCCAUCCUUAGAGAUUUUUAAGGCUGAGCUUGACAAAGCCCUGGCUGGGAUGCUUUAGUUGGUGUUGGUCCUGCUUUGAGCAGGGGGUUGGACUAGAUGACCUCCUGAGGUCUCUUCCAACCCUAAUUUAUGAUUCUAGGGACAUUUUCUCUGACCUGUCAGCGCCUGUUGGCUAAGAAAUUGUCAGGAUCCUGGUGACCCCAUGCAUUUGUUGCAAAUACAGGAUUCAUUGGCUUCAUGUGGGGCUGACUUGCCAUAAAAUCAGAUUCUAAAGCCUACGUUAUUGAAAAGUCUCCAUAGUGUAAGCUAGAGCACCAGCUGGAUUUGGGAGUGGAAUCCUGCCCUGAUUGCAGUCAAUGGCAAAACUUCAGUGGGGUGCGAUUUCAACCAAAGAGAACAUACGUGCAAGGCCUGGCUUCAGCAGGUUGGGGUCUGUGUACCCCAGCACUCUCCUUUCCAUUUCAAUUUGCUCUUGGUUUGUGCUUUGCAUCAAACCUACCUUCCUUGCUCUUGGAAGUGUCUCUGAUGUGCUUUGAGUUUUAACCCCCUCCCCAUCUGCAGCAAGAAAGCUCCACACAGCAAUUCUGCCCUUCAUAGUUCAAGGAACUGGAUCUCCCUUUUUCAAUCCUUUUGAAUCAUGUUUGCCCAGUGCAAUAAAUACCCCCGCCCCUCCCUUUUUUUGCAAAACACAGACCUGGAGCCUGAGCACUUGCUUCGUGCCCACAGCGUGACCUGCAGGCCGUAGCUGUUACCUGUGUGUAGGAGCGUGUGUUAGGUCUGUUUCUGGAAGGCAAUUUUCCCAAGCUUGUCAGCUCGGCUCCCUCCAGCCCAGGAGUGGAACCGGAACUGAACCUGAACCCUAAUUUUGUCCUGCCUGCUGAACUGGAACCGACCUGGAAAAAAAGUUAGGUUACCAGUUAAAAUAAAGGUUCGGCAUGUUUUUAAGCUCAAUGUUUGAAUAAAUGGCUGUGAUCUUGUUUUCGUUACAAAACCAAACCACCCCCAGGCAUGUGAGUGCUGAGGAUCCGUUCUCAGCAGAACGUUGCCUUCGAGUCAGUGCUUGGAAUGGUCACCCCCUGGUGCCGUCACAAUUUCUCCUGCUUAUUUAAGAACGCCCCCUGAUUCUGCAGAGGCUUAUGGCUGGGCUUAAUUUGAGGCAGGGUGUGCAGCCUCCCAGAGGUCAGUGGAUCUGCUCACAGUGCAUAGGGUUAAGCAGAGCUCCAGAGGUCUCUGGAGCAUUGAGCCCAACUAUAAUAACGAGAUCCAAUGCCAGGAGCUAAGCCUACUGCAGCUUGAGUUAGCCCCAGAGCUGGAACUGGUGCCUCUCUCUGCUGUAUGUCUUGCCACCACCCGCUGUUUCUCAGCACUCAGAUGCCCAGUUUCCAUGUAUCUGUUUCCUGCCUGUGGCAUUCUCUGCGUUUGUUGAUUUUGAUCUGGUUUUGUAUUGGUUUGCUUGAAACCAAUCUACUGUAAAGAGGAGGCGAGCGAUAGUGGUGGGAGGGAGGCGUUGACGUGAGACCAUGUCAUGUGCUAAGGCUUGUUGCUCUUGGAUGGCCGUUUGCGUGCCAGUCGGCUGCAGCGGUGAAGCUUGUCCCAUCUUAGAAAUCAACUGGAUUUUCCUACCAGUGCCACCUCCCAUUACUUGCCUGUAAAGAGCAACUCCCAGGGUGAACAGCUGCGUGUUGUUGGUUGUCCCCCCGCCAGCCAGUGUGGAAGCGGGGAGUUUUAGUGACUCAGGCCCGGUCUACACUACACAGGUAGGUUGAUGUAAGGCAGCUUAUAUCAACCUAAUUAUGUAAGUGCCCUACUACACUGACAUAACUCCACCUCCACAAGAGACCUAGGGCGACUAGACACUGCCUUACUUACAGGGGCUGUUGGCUGUCAUUCUUGUCAAUUUCACGGGUCCCUGCUGGAGCUGUGAAAUUGACAAGAAAGGCUAGUAAGUUCCCUGUUGUCAACCUUUCACCCCGCUCACAACUCAGGCUGUCACCCUGGGGUGGGUGGGAGGCUCCAGCUAGAGCCUUGCUCCCCUCAGACUCCCCGCUGGGAGCCUGGCUGCCACCCAGGCUCCAGGUGCAGAGCUCCCUGCCAGGAGCCAAGUAGCUGCCAGGCAGUGGGGAGCUGCACACAGAGCGGAGAGCCCAGGAGCUGGCAGCCCCCCAUGCUGCCCUUUUUAAGUGGGUGGAAGAAUUCCUAGUGAGGAUACGCACCAGCCCCAGAAGGAGAGCAGUGUGGAGGUGAAAACCCACAGUAAUUGCUGCAGUGACUGUAACUUACGUCUGUGAUGUAGAGGUGUCCUCAGUGUCGGUGUGUUCUGAUGGGGGCAGUGUGAGCACUCAGUGACCUCAGGUGCAAUCCUCCUCCCCAGCCCAAGGUGCCCUGGAGAGGAUUUGGGCCACGGGGUCUGCAUUGGAUAAUUAGCGGGAAGGGGGUUGACUGACACUGGAUUUGUAUCAAGGAAUCGUUUCAUUGACUGAAUCAAAGUGCAGAUUUGGGUGUGAGAAAAUAGGGAAGCAAAAUGCUCCCCACUUGCCUCCUGUUGGCUCAUUAUGUGUGUUAGAGCCGUAGCCAGAGCCCCUGUCUGCACUCAGUCUUCUGGUGCUGUCACUGCACAGGGGGACCCAGUCCCUUCCCCCGGAGCUAACAGGCUCAAUGGACCAGCCCCACACAGUGGGAGGGGAAUUGGAGGUGUAACGAGGUGACUCAACAGGGCCAGGACCUUACAGCAGGUCAUAGGCAGAGCAGGGUCUAGAGUCCAGCUCUUGAGGCUGUAACUGACUGGUGUGAGGUCUCUUCCAAAGGCAAACGUCUGCUAAGCUGAACCACGGGGUUCCCCUCUGCUAGGUGGCUUUGCCUCCACAAACCACUUUGGCUCAUGGCUGCAGGGGACCCUCCGAGGCAUCGGCCUCUUAUUCCACAGCCUGAUUCCUCCCCAUCACAGAGCCCCCUGUGUGCCAGCCCACAGCAUUUGGCUUGCACUGGGGGCAGUUAGAGCUUCCCCAUGGUGUCCCUUACAGAGGGCUCUGCCAUAUGGAGCCUCACUCAUGCUGCUCAGAGCACUCGCCAACUCGCUGGUGGCCCUGGGAGAGCCCAGCAAGGGGGCUUGUGGCUGCAUAGAGCAGGCUGGUAGGGAGCCAGCACCCCUCAGUCAGCCCGUAGGGCACUGGCAUUUUCCAGUCACUCAGCUAGCGCCACACUUGGGGGCUGGCCUGGCCCAUCUAGUACUUUGCAUUGCCAGGGCCUGCCAGCCAAGGGCUGCUGAGCGCAUUACCCAGCGGGGGAGCCUGGGCCAUAGCAAAGGGAACAGAACUCAGGGGUCCUGCCUACCAGCCCCCCCGCACUAAUCACUAGGCAGCACUGUCCCUGGGCACAGAGGGUGUGUACAUGAGUGUGUGAUGGCUGCAGCCUCCCCAGGGGUACGUUCUGCCAUUGGGCUACGCACCCUUGGGUUGUGCAGUCACCAGCCUAUUCUCAGGCCUACAGCAAGGCUGUUCCCAGGCCCAGGCUGGGAAUGGAGCAUUGGAUGGCCAAAUGCACAAGGUGAUGGAGAAGAGACAGUUGGUUAAUGAGGUGUCUGCACGCAGGGCUGUAUACACUCGGCCCUGUGGAACUUGGCCCUAGCUGGUGGGGUGCUGCUGAUCUCUGCCUGGGGCCCUGGAUGGCACAGUGGGGCCGGUGCUGCUCUCUGCACGGGGAGCUGGCAGGCGUGGUGGGAUUGGCAGUGCUCUCUGGCUGAGUCACUGAUGGGCUGCUGCUGCAGCAGCUGGCUCAGAGCAGCAGUGGGAUCCCUGUGUGUCCCACCCGUUCACUUAAAGGGAAGCUGUUCUGUAAAGCCUCCACUCAAAUGCGAUUGUAAGAUCUGUAACAUGUAUCAUUACAUUCUGCAGCCUUGUUGCAAACUUUGUAACUUCAGUUACGAGCCUUUUAAGUUUUGUAACCUUUGCAAGCUCUGCAACCUUUUCAAGUUACCACUUAUAUGAACUGCCAAGCUUUGUAAUAUCCCAUCCCGCAGUCAGAGAGAGUGUGAACUAGGCAGUGUGUGUGUGUGGAAGAUAAGAGGGUGUGAACGAGGGAGUGUAUGGGGGACUGGGAAGAGAGGAACUGCAAGGAGAAAAGAGCCAGGAGCCAGGUGUGUCUGAUAUAAUCUGCCUUGAGAAGGCAAUCACAGAGUGCUCUAAAGAAAAGAUGCAUGAAAGGAACAGGGACUGGGAAGGCUUCUGCAGAAGAAAAACUCAGUGUACAUGACAGGAGCACCCAGUUCCAAAAUAAAAGCAAGCAGCCAUGCACACAAACUGCUGCUCCUUGAGCUGCUCACCAGCCCUUGUCCGUGACCGCAGGCGGACACACCAGAUCUACCACGCUUCGGCUUCUUGGCUUCCCAUGCUGUCUCCGGUAGCUCUCCGCCUGUGUAAAUGUGUGGGUUCAUGGGGGUAUGAAUGCGGUGAAUCUGAAUGUGGUGUAUAAAUAAGCUCCUUCCCUUUUCUGUCUGACCCAACAGUGGCACUGUAAUAAAAAAAAAAAUACAAGUGUGA